AUGGCGCGUGGCGGUGGUCAGCAAAACCAGCAAAACUAUUUCAAUCCUUUGUCUUCUUCUCCUCCGGAGGCAGCCUCUGCUUCGAGAUCCAACUACAACACUUGGAGGAGAUCAAUGCUCAUGGCCCUCAACGCCAAGAAUAAAGUUGGAUUUGUGGACGGUACCUUGCUGAGACCAUCUGCGGGUGAUUUAACCUUCAAUUUUUUUUCCAGAUCCAAUAGUAUGGUCGCCUCUUGGUUGCUUAACUUAGUUUCAAAGGAAAUAGGAGACAGCCUUCUCUACCUUGAUAGUGUUAGGGAUAUAUGGAUCGAUUUGUACGAUCGAUUCCACCAGAGCAAUGCACCGCAGAUUUUCCAGAUUAAGAAACUUUUGCUUGGCCUGUCUCAAGGAUCCCUUGACGUUAACACCUACUACACGCGCCUCAAGAUUCUUUAG